AUGAGAAAUUUAGUGAUUCUUUCCUGUGCCAUUUUACUCAUUUCCAUCGCAUGGGCGGGCUACUUGUACCACACAAAGUACAUCCGGAACCGCAGGGCAUACAGGGAGGAAUAUGAUUUUAUUGUGGUUGGCGGUGGUACAGCAGGUAUUAUUGUUGCGCACGAAAUCUCCCUUCAUAGCAACUUUUCGGUGCUUCUCAUCGAGGCUGGUGGACAAUUUGGAUGGCUCUCAACUAUUCCACUCGCCUGCACAUUGCUUCAGGGUACUUCCGUUGACUGGAGUUUCAGGACAGUUCCACAAGAGCAUGUGGGACGUGGUCUUCAUGGACGGAGGAUGUGCUACCCCCGUGGAAAAGGGCUCGGUGGAUCUGGUCAGUUAAACUACAUGCUCCACAACGAGGCUGUUCCCGAAGAAUUGGAUAAAUGGAUGAAGUUGGGAGGGAGUGAUUGGGGGUAUGAAGCCCUCAAAUGCUACUUCCUCAAACAAUAUCGCAACGGUGUAAAGUGUCAUGAUGAAUUCUGGAACAGCAGGAGAUUCUACAAGACAUUCAUUGACACAGAAUACAGCAAACUAUCUCACAUCGUUAGCAAGGCGGUAAAUGACCUGAAUGCCCAGGAAAAAGCUGAUAUUGUAUUCCAACUGGCGGAGUACACAACGAGAAAUGGAAGGAGAUGGUCAUCAUUUGAUGAAUACCUCUAUCCAAGCUUGAAGAAACCAAAAUUUCACCUAAUGAUGAAUAGUCAAGUCUCCAAAAUUAUUUUUGAUGAGAAUAAGCGAGCAGUUGGGGUGAAGAUUCAAAAUGAAUCUGGUCAGAAAGUGGUGCGAGCGAGGAAGGAAGUGAUUAUCAGUGCUGGAGCAAUACAAACUCCACAGCUCCUUAUGCUCUCUGGGGUAGGCAAUCAGGCUGAUUUGGAACAAUUUAACAUCGACGUAAUUCAUCAUUCACCAAAUGUUGGGAGAAAUCUCUUUGAUCACCUCACAACGCCAAUCUACGUGUCCAUAAAUGAGUCCCUAUCAGUGACCAAGGAGAAAGUGAUGAGCAUUAAAAAUGCUCUUAAUUAUUUAAUUUAUGGAACAGGGAUUCUCUCCAAUGCUGGUGUAAUUGGGAUGCUGAAAAAGAAAAAUUCACCUCAUGGUUUGAUUAUCUUUGGGAUUGGCUCAGCAAAUGAGGCAUCUCUCAAACUCACCUCCAACUACGAAACAGAGACAUUCAAUGCGCUCUUCCCGCUGAAUGGGAAUGAUACGCAGGAGGGAUUUAUUCUCGUUGGAACAUGCCACUAUCCACAGAGUCGCGGAAGUAUCGGUCUACGGGGGAAUACAAUUACAAAGACCCCACUGAUUAAUCCCAAUUUCCUAGCCAAUUUCUCCGAUGUGCAAUGCAUAAUGGAUGGUCUCAAGCUGGGCGUGAAGAUGGUGCAAUCACGAUUGUUUCAGAAAAUUGGCGCCAAAAUUCACUGGCCCAGGCUGAAGCAGUGUCGCCACGUGCUUCCGAGUGAAUCUUCUCCUCCAACCGAUGAAUACCUGGAGUGUAUCAUCCGUACCGUGUCAGUGAUUGGGCAUCAUCCUGGGGGGACAUGUGCUAUCGGUCAGGUUCUCGAUAAUCAACUCAGGGUGAAAGGUGUGCGUAAACUUCGUGUGAUCGAUGGGAGUGUUUUCAUUCAGCCCCUAUCGACUUUUCCCAAUUCCGUCAUUGCUGCAAUAGCUGAAAGAGCUAGCCAUUUAAUCCUGGAAAAAUAUAUAUCUCACUAA